AUGCGUGCGGUGGUGGUAGCAGCAGACGUGAUACUGCUCCUGAGCAUGGGGGGGACCUCAAACUCUCUUUGCUCGCCCACCAUGUUUUACAGAGACUGCUGGAUCCGUCGCUUCCCAGGUCUUCUGAUUGACCUGGAGGAGUCUCAGAAGCUGGGGGCCCAGUUCCUGAGGUAUUAUUCUGAAAACACCGGUCAGAAGUGCAGUCGGAACUGCUGUCUUAGGAAGGAUGUGUCCUGUAACCUGGCUGUCUUCUUCCAUGAUCCUAUUCAUGACAAUGUCAACUGCCUCCAUGUUCACUGCCCAACCCUGGACAGCUGCAUAUUGGAGCCUGGAACCAGUGCCAUUUUAUAUAACAUAACAGAUGGUAUAGAUCCUGACUUGCUGGUUUUUGAACAAUCACUGCCCACGUAUCUAAAUACCCGUUCUUCAUCUGAUACAUGGGAGAGACUAAGGAUUCUAAAAGCUAUGUAUUUAGAUAAACAACAAACCGCCAUGAUAAACCAAAUGCUACCAUCAAUAGAGGCUCCGUCACCAACCACACAUCAAGAUUUGUUGGCAACCGCAAAUAAUACUAGGUAUUCCAAGGAAUUGACCACAGGCUCUUGGGCAAGAUUCAUUGCCCUGAAUGACUCCAUUACCACAAAGAUAAAUACGGUGUCAGCCAGUACUGACGUCAACAAUCCAGAUAACAAGACUGUUUCUCCUUUCUUUGUGCCCAGAGACACAAAACUUUCUCGUAUGCCUAGUCCCUCCCAACUCAACAGCAGUAAACAAUUACUAAACAAGACCAAAGGGUACAACAGCAGAAACCAUACAUCUGAGAAUGAAGACUCAACACCCGAUGGGGCACCUGUGACUCCUGCAAAGAUGUGGCUGGUUCCUGUGGCCCUCUGCACCUCUGUCAUCUUUCUUUGCUCUUGUGUAGUCAUCCAGCAGUAUGGCCAGUAUAAACCAGGGCAGAGAAAGUCAGGACCCAGGCAAACUAAAAAAUGUGCCAAUCGGAAGGAGUUCUCUUACUGA